GUCUUUUACAUAGACACUAGUUGGUGACUUCUGGAUGAGAUGUUUGUGGUUGCUUUCUUUGGCUUGUCUUUGGUGGCAUGGCACCCUGGGGUAACUGCACAAGAGAAGGUGAACCAGCGGGUCACCCGAGCUGUGACCCCGCAAGCAGUGUCCUGUCAGUUGAGUGACUGGUACAAAUGGACAGAUUGUUUUCCAUGUCAGGAUAAAAAGUACCGAUACCGGAGCCUCUUGCAGCCAAGCAAGUUUGGAGGAACCAUCUGCAGUGGUGAUAUCUGGGAUGAGGCCAGCUGUGACAGCCCCACACCUUGUCUAAGGCAAGCACAGUGUGGACAGGAUUUCCAGUGUAGAGAGACAGGUCGCUGCCUGAAACGCCACCUGGUGUGUAACGGAGAUAACGACUGCCUGGAUGGCUCUGAUGAGUCCGACUGUGAAGAUGUCAGGGUCACUGAGGAUGAUUGCCAUCAGUAUGAACCAAUCCCAGGAUCAGAAAGGGCAGCCUUGGGGUACAACAUCCUGACUCAAGAGGAAGCUCAGAGUGUUUACGAUGCUAAGUAUUAUGGGGGCCAGUGUGAAACUGUGUACAAUGGAGACUGGAGAAAGCUGCGGUACGACCCCACCUGUGAGCGCCUCUACUAUGGGGAGGAUGAGAAAUACUUUCGGAAGCCCUACAACUUCCUUAAGUACCACUUUGAAGCCCUGGCGGAUACUUCAAUCUCCUCAGAGUUUUAUGAUGAUGCGAAUGAUCUUUUUUUUCACAUAAAGAAUGGCAAGUCCCACUCAGCUGGUGUAACCGUUGGCGUAGCCCCAGUAAAAAGUCCUGUCUCAAUAGAGGUGACUGGAUCCGGGUCCAAAGCAUCUUCAUUCCUGAACAAGUUAAACAAGUAUAAUGAGAAGAGAUAUGGCUUCAUGAGAGUGUCUACAAAGAUACAGACUGCACAGUUUAAGAUGAGAAGGAACAAUAUUGUGCUGGAUGAAGGAAUGCUGCAGUCAUUAAUGGAGCUCCCAGAGCAGUUCAACUAUGGCAUGUACGCCAAGUUCAUCAAUGACUAUGGCACCCACUACAUCACCUCUGGAACCAUGGGUGGCAUUUAUGAAUAUGUUAUGGUGCUUGACAAAGAGAAAAUGAAAACUGAAGGUACUACUGUGGAUGAAGUCCAAAAAUGCAUUGGCGGUGGCAUUGGCAUAGGAAUUAAGGAUAGUACAAUUGAAGGAGUAGGUAUAUCAGGAGAGUUUUGUGAAAACUCUGGAGAUGGUGACCGUGACAUAAGGAAGAAAAUCACAGGAGUGGAGGACAUCAUUUCUCGGGUGCAAGGUGGAAGUUCUGUCUGGGGCAGUGUCUUGACACACAACAGCAGUGCCAUUACAUAUCAGUCCUGGGGGAGAUCGUUAAAGUAUAACCCUGUUGUUAUCGAUUUUGAGAUGCAGCCUAUCUACCAGCUACUGCGGCACACAAACUUGGGACCCCUGGAGACGAAACGUCAGAACCUGCGACGGGCUUUGGACCAGUACCUGAUGGAAUUUAAUGCCUGUCGUUGUGGGCCCUGCUUCAACAAUGGGGAACCCAUACUUGACGGCACCAACUGCCGGUGUCAGUGUAGUAUGGGCCGGCAGGGCCUGGCCUGUGAACGCACGGUGAUAGAGGGGCUCAAAGACUUCAAAGCCGCUGGCCACUGGAGCUGCUGGAGUUCCUGGUCAGAGUGCAGAGGAGGUUCCCAGGAGAGGAGGAGACAGUGCAACAACCCACCACCCAAGAAUGGAGGUACCCCAUGCCUAGGGAGGAACCUGCAGACCCAGGCCUGCUGAGUACCUCUGGAUGCAGACUGGGCAAGGAGGCUGCAGAUGCUGUUACCUGUCUGGGUUGCUGGUUAGGACUGCUUGCUGCUCUGAGUAAAUGCAAACCCACAAAGGCUAUUCUCUUAAUAUACUCAUGUUUUGUUUUGUUUUUUCUAGUCAUAAUUCUUAGCCUCUAUCAAUAACCUGGCUCUAAAGCUGCCUCUUUGUUCCAGGGAGUUGUUGCCCUUUACUUCCCAGAACCACCUUUCUAUCCUGUUCUAUUCAGGAUGCUUAACAGUAAACGGGCUAUGGUUUAGAUACAUCAGAAUGUAUUCCUCACAAUUCUGGAAGCAUAUACUGAGAGAUGAAGGUUCCAGAAGGUCUAGGGUCUGGAGAGGCUGUGUUCCAUUUUAUAUAUGUCCUUUUGUUAUGUUAUCACAUGGCAGAGGGGCCUCUAGGGCCUCUUUUGUAAGGGCACUAGUCCUACUCAUGAGAACUUUGCCUUUAUGACUUUGUCAUCUCUCAAAGUCCAGCCUCCUCUUUCCACACUGGGUAGAGGGCUUCCAUGUGGAGAACUUAGAAAUCCCAGCAUUCAGACCCCAGACCAUCCCCUGUGAUUCUCUUCUUGGUAAGCAAUCAAAUUUGAAGACAGAAAGUGGCCUGGUUUUAUUCAGCACAGUAUCUUCAGAUGCUGAGGCUACGCACUGCAGACUGUAGGGGAGUUCAACAGCAAUGGUUGCUGGACAAGCAGACAGACCAAGAGUCAGUUCAUGGGUGAGGUCUGUAUUGGCCAACCUCCCAGAACUGUAGGUGGACUUGGAAGGGUCAAUCAAUAAAGAUCAACGUCCAUUCCCUGACCUUCCCGAAAAGAGCCAGUCACACCAGCCAACCUAGUGUACCAGUGCACUCUAAAUAAUGUACAUGUUCAGCACAGUUGCCAAGCGACCUAAUUAAGGUUUCUGUUGCUAUGAGAAAACAUCACAAGCAAAAGCAACUGGGGAGAAAAGGAAUAACUUCAGCUUGCAUGCCUCACUCACAGUCUAUCAUGAAGGGAAGUCAGGGCAGGAAUUCAAGGCAGGAACCUGGAGGCAGGAACUGAAGCAGCGAUCAUGGAGGGGCACUGCUGGCCAACUUCCUCCUCAUGGUUUUCUCAGCCUGCUCUCUUGGAUCACCCAAUACCACCUGCCCAGGGAUAGCAACACCCAGAGUGAGCUGAGUCCUCCAACAUCAAUCACUAAUUUUUAAAAAAAUCAUAAUACAGACUUGCUCAGAGGCCAGUCUAGUGUUUUUUGUUUUGUUUGUUUUUUUUCCUUAAUUGAAGUUCCCCCUUCCAAAAUGUGUCACAUUGACAUACAACUAGAUAAAUCAACAGCCCAGGUUUAUCCCUGGCUUCUCUUCAAAGUUGAUAGACUAUGUAGAUAUGAAGCCUUCAGAAACAGAUAACCAACUGUAUACACAAAAAAGAGGAGGCUCUUGGGCCACUGGGAGUAAAUUAUUAACAUCAACAUAUGUAGCAUCCAAGUGACUGCUGAGGGAGGACAAGUCAGAAAAUGCAGUCUGCACACGUUAUAUAUACAUCAGAGGCAACAAGCACGGUGCCUAUCUGAACCUGGAUGGACUUUUUAACAGAUCAACAUGGAGGAGACUUUUGAAAUAGAAAUCCAGCCUGAUGCAAAACCUGACAGUGAGAAAGAACGUGGGGACUGGGAAAAAUGACGAAAGACAAAGAAAGACGGUGUAUGAAACGUGUUCCAGUGCCUACCACAUGGCAAAUUAUUAGCAUCAUCAUUGUUAUUCCCAUUGUUAAAACGUGAUUCAGAGGUUUACCUAAAUAAACUUGGCUCUUCUAUCUGAAAGAAA